GUCCAUUUAAGGCCCGCUCGUCGUCACCAACGGCUUCUCUACCUCUCCUCCCAUCCCUCAUUCACAGCAGUAAAAUCACAUUUCUAGUGACACUUUCAUUUUGCUCUUUGGUGAAAUCAGUCUACAUUUAUAUAUAUAUCCAGCUCCGCCAUCAUCUCGUGUUGUUCAUUAAGAGUAACACACGCUAAAAUGAGAGUGACUACCAUCAGCCUCUUCGGAUUUCUCCUCUCCCCUCUAGGCUCCCUAGCGCAAGAUAUCUCGAUUGCUAGUCCUACCAAGGAUUCGAACGUCACGCCUGGACAAAAGCUCAAGAUUGUCCUCCAGGCCCAAGGCACCACCUCCUCAGUCAAACACAUUGCAUUCAGCACCGGCUUCAGGGCCACCUCCAAGCACGACGACAAGUCGCUCGGCAGACCCACCGUCGGAAGCGUCUCGCCCGGAUCGCCCGAUGUUGCCUUCGACGCAUCCAAAGGAACAUACACAUACGAGAUCACUGUGCCUGCAGCCAAGGAUUUCUUGGAUGGCUUCUCUGCUCCAUACGAGCUCACCGUAUCCGAUCUCUACUUGCUAGGGGCAACAUUCACACCCACUCUCAAGCUGACCAGUGUCCAAGUGAACGUGCAAAACAACAACUCAACUGGCGGCGACUCUCCUCCGGCGGAUCCUAACAACGCGAACAACAGCACGAAUCCGACUCCCAAUUCUACGGAUCCCAACGGUGGAAAAGGUUCCAACUCGUCUCCCACUCCCUCUUCCGACCCUAACAGCGGCUCCUCUAGCAAUUCCAACAAGCCCUCUAGUGGCGCUGCAUCGCAUGUCCAUCCGUCUGCUAUGUAUUCCGCGUGCUUUCUCCUCGCGGCUUGUCUUCUCGCUUUGUAGUCUUACUUGUUCUCAAUAGAUCUCUUGGUUCUUGCUUGUUUUUGUUUGUUUACUUCUCUCUGAUACAUUAUUGAAAAUGGAACUCUGCUUGAAUUUCUUUUUUUUUUUUGGGGGGGGGGGCUUGAAGAUGCAUUUUUUUGUUGCAUAUCUGGCUGUUUUCUGCCUGCUGGGAAUAGCAGCAUCACAUCAGCGGUGCAUGGGGCAUUUAUCUGCCAGUGUAUGUAUCCCAUGUCCAUUUCUGUUUCUGGUUGCAGUUUGUCUUCUCGUUUUGUAGACUUACGUGUUGUCGAUAUAGCGCUUGAUUUUUUUUGGAAUGGAAGUCUGCUUGAAAUUAUAUU